CUUCUGUCGCAGUUCCUUGGAAAGAGGGGAGGACAUGAUCUUUCUGCGGAUGUGAGAGGGGGCAUUGAAGUGCCUCUUGCGGUUCUUGCGACGUGACGACGACACAAAUGGAUUGAGCUUCAUGAUGGCCUCUCGAUCACUCCACUAUGGCCGCCGGAAAAGAGAGAUUCGAUUUACUUCCGCUCACAUUAGUGCCGCCGUGAUCUCGCGAGAAAUCCUGACGCGCUCCGGGAUUUCAGUGACGCUGCGAGAGGGAAGCCCGUGCGGCGCCGACAGGCCUGUAGUCUGUAUUGCACGUUAUACUUUUAGUUCCGAAUUAUCUAUUUGGCAAAGCCCAGGGUGCAUGAAGUGGUACCGAUACCAAAGUCCAGGAAUGAAGGAAGUUUUGCAUGGAGGUCAACAAAACAGGAUUAUAUCAUAUAUUUUUAUCAUGGUUAGUGUUUGCAUACACAGGGUGUUUUUUGCAUUACUGAUUUAUACCAUGGCUGUCCUCGAGGCUCAGACAGAGUCCAGAGGUGGGCGAAAGGACGCGAAGCGCGCGCGGCGGAGACACGGCCGGAUAAAAGACAAAAUUGCGUCUUCCCUGUUACAAAAUAUCACCAGCCAAAAGAGUUCGCCCGAUCCCAUCAUGGCAGGUGUGGAUGGUGGCUUGAGGUCGCCGAUUUGGGAAGAGGACUUCGAGAAGAGCAUUGAAGAGAUGGUUGCACAAGUGAGAAAUAACUCGGCACUGUCUAAGAACAAGUGCGUGGUGGACCGACAGCUGUGGAUGUCCAACACUCGAAGCCUUUCACCCUGGUCUUACAGAAUCAACCACGACGAGAACCGCAUUCCAGUGGAUAUACCAGAAGCCAAAUGCUCUUGCGCCGGCUGCAUCAACCCUUUCACAAUGCAAGAGGACCGCACCAUGACCAGCGUCCUGAUCUAUACAAAGAUCCCGGUGCGCCGGCGACUGUGUGACCGGCUCUCCGUGAAGCACCGGAAGAAAAAGAAAUGCCUUUCGCAGUACAAGACUGUUGUGGAAAGCAUCGCUGUAGGUUGCACUUGUAUAGUGUGACAGGAAGUGAAAUGGAGCUAAACUUAAUGAGUAACUGAGAGAGCCCAUUGUAUCGAUAUAGGCAAGUUUCAAAACUCCAAAACUUUUUGUAAAACUUAAAUAGCCGACAUGAUGCAUUACUACCGUUUGAUAUAUCGUGUUAUAUCUUUCAAAACCGAGACAAGAACAUUGCAAUACUAUAAUUUCAAAAAGAACUUAGAAGAAAUUCAAAAUGAAUUCAGUGUUUAUUCAAGUUUUUAGUCUUUUUAAUACAACCGCCUCCACCGUUUAUGACAUAUAAUUCCUAUGACUCUUUUUCAAAUUGUAACUUUUCAUUCAUUGUAUUAAAGUUUAUUAUGGUA